AGAUGCACUACUUGUCUUAAAAAGUUUUAAGUUACUUAGAAUUUUUAACAAAGACUGAGCAAGGUGGGGGUCACUGUCUGACUCCCGCGUGUCUGAUAAGUCAUCUCCACUGAAAUGGUAAUAAAUUAAAAGUCCCGCCAAAUUUAAAGCUCUUCAGUAAAAAAGGAGAGAUUGUAAUGGCUUGUCAAAAUUUUGCCAAAUUUAGUAAUUUUCUGAAGAAAACGCACUCAGUUUUAAAAUGUAGCCGACGUUACAUCAGUGAAAGUUGGGUUGCGGGUAGCUGUAUUGACCCAUCACUUGGCUUAAAUGAAGAGCAGAAGCAGAUACAGGGUCUUGCUACAGACUUUGCCAGAAAUGAGUUACAACCAAAUAUGGCAAAAUGGGAUCAAGAGGAAACCUUUCCAGUGGAUGUAAUGAAGAAGGCAGGCAGUAUUGGAUUUGGUGCUAUUUAUUGUAGUGAAGAGUUCGGUGGGACUGGACUGGGUCGGACAGAUGCUUCGCUCAUUUUUGAAGCUUUAUCUCAGGGUUGUGUUAGCACCACUGCCUACAUCAGUAUUCACAAUAUGUGUGCAUGGAUGAUAGACGAAUUUGGUAAUGAUACUCAGAAAAGUGAAUGGAUACCUAAACUGGCUACCAUGGAAGCUUUAGCCUCAUAUUGUCUAACUGAACCAAAUUUUGGAAGUGAUGCUGCCAAUUUAUCUUUGUCUGCUAGAAGAGAAGGAGAUCAUUACAUACUGAAUGGAUCAAAGAUGUUCAUCAGUGGAGGUGGAGAAACGGAUGUAUAUGUAGUCAUGUGUAGAACAGGAGAGAAAGGUCCCAAAGGUAUUUCCUGUCUUCUAGUGGAGAAGGGCACACACGGUCUAGAUUUUGGCAAGAAAGAGAGAAAGGUAGGUUGGAAUUCUCAGCCAACAAGGGCAGUGAUAUUUGAAGAUUGUCGAGUACCUACAACAAAUGUUAUAGGGCAGCCAGGUGACGGGUUUAAAAUAGCAAUGAGAGGUCUAAAUGGCGGCAGAAUUAAUAUAGCAUCAUGUUCAUUAGGGGCAGCACAAGCCUGUGUAGAAUUAAGUAGGGAUUAUCUUAAAGUUAGAAAACAAUUUGGACAAACCUUAGAAAACUUUCAGUAUUUGCAAUUUCUGCUGGCAGAAAUGGCAACAAAGCUUGUAGUAUCACGGAACAUGGUUAGACAGGCAACUAAAGCGUUAGAAGAAGACUGGCCGGAGAAAGUUGCUCUUUGUUCCAUGGCAAAAUACUUCGCUACAGAUGAAUGUUUUAAUAUAUGUAACCAGGCAAUACAAAUACAUGGUGGUUAUGGCUAUUUAAAGGAUUAUGCUGUACAACAAUAUAUGAGAGAUUGUAGGGUACAUCAGAUCCUAGAAGGAACAAAUGAGGUGAUGCGAAUGCUGGUUUCCCGGGAUAUUCUCACAGAUGGCCCAAGAAAAUACUCCUGAUUACAUCAAGUGUGAUAUUUUAAAGUGUGUUAAUUUUCUUUAUACAAUCAGUAAAUGGCUGAAAUAAAGUAUUGUUUUUGACAA